AAAAUCCAAAUCCAAAUCUCCAUGGCUGAAACUAAACAACAAGAAGAAGAACCUCCCCUGUUUCCACCAUCAUCAACCUCUUCUUCCUCCUUCAUGCUACUCUUGAAAAAACUUAUGAGCAAAAGACGAACAUGGGUCUUCCUCUUUCUCACCGUCUACACAAUUUUACUGUCAAUUUCUUGGAAUUUCCUCAAUUCAGUACUUUCUUGGUACGAAUCCACCAUGAAAUUGACACCCACUUCAGCUCUCUACGGAUCUAUGAUAUUAGGGCUUGCGUUUGGGGUUUUAUCGAUUGUAGCAGCUCUGAUCGUCGUUGUUCCAGCAACGCUUGUAACUUGGAUCACUAUUUUGGUUUUGCUGACAUUUGCAGGUAAAGGGAGAAGGGAUUUGGUUAUGGAGGGGAAGAAAUUGACGGCUGAGAUUACUGGGUUUGUUGUUAGGGUUUUGAUUAGAGAAGGGAAUCUAGUCGCUGUGAUUUGUGCUGUUCUUGGGUAUUUUGCACUUGUUAGGAGGAAUAAAGAAGACGGUAUUGAUUAUUGAGUUUGAAAAAUCGAGUUUUCUUUAUGAUUAUAAGCUUAGUAGCUCAGUUGGUUGGCUGGCAAUCUGAACUUUCAGCUUAUUGGUAAGAGUUUGAUUCAUCAUCUAGUAAUCCUUUCCCGUACCCCAUUAAGAGGGUCUAAAUCAGGGGUACUUGUUGUAUCGGAGGGGUUUGAAUUAGCUCUGAAAGAAAAGAUUGGCAAUUUGCCUUUCGAUGUACCUAUUCUAUCUUAACUUUAGCUGCUUAGAAAACCUAAACGAUUGAUGUUUUUCCCCGUCUUCCCUAAUCAUGGCUGUUAUUUUAUUGGAGGGGGUUUGAAUUAGCUCCUAAAGAUUGGCAAUUUGUCUUGUUCAACCUCGGAAUGUGAUGAGCUAUUCUAUCUUAACUUUAGCUGCUCAAAAAUUCCUAUUUGGAAUUCUUCAGCUACCAACCCUUAAGCG